AUGGCCGAUCUCAGUGCGCGUCUCGCCAAGCUGAACCCAUUCGCAGGGAAAAGGAGAGGAGGAGACGAAUAUGAGGAUUAUGGCGAGGAAAUCGACUCCAGCACCGUGGCCGGAGGCGGCCAUAGUGCCCGUCGAACUGAGGUCACGGAGCAUGAGCUCAGAGUGAGCCACGCCCUCAGAGCAUUUCUUUGCAGCAAAGGCCUCCUUUCAGAGGAAGACGCCGCCUCCGAUGAACCCACCGAGGCCCUCCGGGCUCUCCUUGACAAGCCUCAUAUCAGUGUACCCCCAGAACUCACGGACAGGUCGCACCCUUUCCCCGAGUACUUCAUCAGCUCGAGCCAUAACACUUACCUGAUAGCGCAUCAACUGUUUGGCAAUUCUGCUGCCUCUGCUUAUGAGACGGCUCUUCGGACAGGCUCCCGAUGCGUUGAGAUUGAUGCUUGGGAUAAUGACGACGACAAGGAUGAGCCUAAGGUCACCCACGGGUACACCUUAGUGUCUCAUAUUCCGUUCCGGGCUGUGUGCGAGACUAUACGGGACGUCAUGGAUGUAGAGGCUGCACAAGCCAUCAAUGCCCAAGGUUACCGGGCAGCACCGAUUCUCAUCUCCCUCGAGAACCACUGUGGACAUCAUGGCCAGAUACGGCUUGUGGAGAUAAUGAGAGAGGUCUGGGGUGAUCGUUUGCUCAGCAAAGCCAUUCGAGAGAAGGGCCAUGAUGAGCAACAGGGCGGCGAGCACGUCACUCUUGAGGAACUCGGCUCCAAGAUCGUCGUAAUAGUUGAAUAUCAUAUUCCUGGCGAAGUUGAGUCAGACUCCGACAGCAGCUCUAGCGAUGAGGAGGAUGAGGAGGAAGAGAAAGAAGCUCGCAAGGCUUAUAAACAGAAAAAGAAGGCUGCCAAAGACGCGAUCAUCAUCCCGGAACUGGCCGAGCUGGGCGUGUAUGCGCAGUCCGUCAAGCCAACCAACAACUCAUGGUUCGAUCCUGGUGAGCUCAAGAGUGGGCCACAUCACCACCUCAUCAACGUCUCGGAAUCUGGAUUAGCAUCUUCAAUCCCCACAUUCGGUGAUAAGAUCGGCCGCCACAACGCUCAGCAUCUCAUGCGAGUGUUCCCCAAGGGCACGCGUAUCUCCUCCGAGAACUUACACCCCGUGCCUUUCUGGGGCGUGGGUGCCCAGAUUUGUGCUCUAAAUUGGCAACAUUUUGGUACCGCUAUGCAGCUCAAUGAGGCACUGUUCAGCGGAACGGAUGGAUACGUCUUGAAGCCAGCCGCUCUUCGCUCUGGCGGUGACGGGAAGCUAAAUACCGGUAAGAGAACGAGGCUCCUCCUUCGUGUUGCCGGUGCAACUGGUGUGCCGGUUCAUGGAGACCACAAGGAAGAUGAGAUCAAGCCAUAUCUUACUUGCAUAUUAAUGCAUCCACACACUGUUGGUGGCGAUCACCCGAAGCGUAAGACAGAACCGUACAAGCAGCACAAACUCACAGGAUUUUUGCACAGUGGAGAGAACCCACUGCCAUCUGAGCCUGUUUGGGACGAGACACUUGAGUGGGAGUAUGACGACAACGAACUUGUGUUCCUGCGCCUACUUAUCAAAAGCGAUGAGGCUUGGGCGACAAAUCCCAUGUUUGCAGUCGCGACCGUCAGGCUCAUGUAUGUUGUGCCCGGGUGGAGUUUCAUUCGUAUGCUGGACUUAAAAGGGAGAGAAACAACGUGCACUUUACUGGUGAAAUUUGAGGUUGAAGAAGUAUAA